ACUUUCCUCUCUGUACUCUGUUUUUCUCUCUGCAACUUCACCUCUCUCCCUGAAACUCUCGAGAGUCGGUCAACGCUCUCUCAAUCCAAAUUCUUUCACUCUUCUUUAGUUCUUGAAUCGGACGGAAAUUUGGAUUCUAUUGAUACUUGAAUUUCGAGAUCUUGUGCUGAUUUUGCAUCAAUAUCUGCAUAAUUUGAUAUUAGGUUUUAGUGGGCGGGUGGGAAAUGAGGGAUGUUCUCGUGGUUGGCAAGGAUAGUAAUGGCGUGUUGGAGGCAGGUCAGGGAAUAUGCCCGUAUGAGCAAGGAUGAUCAGGAGGCCGAUUCAACGGCCGGAGACCCCCUCGUCUGGUCCAGAGACCUUGAGAAGCAUUUCUACGGAGAGUUCUCAAUCGCUGUGGUGCAGGCUAAUGAGAUCAUCGAGGACCAUAGCCAGGUUGAGACCGGCCCCAAUGCGACUUUUGUCGGCGUUUAUGAUGGCCAUGGUGGUCCUGAGGCAUCCCGCUUCAUCUCUGAUCAUCUCUUUCGUCAUCUCAUGAGGCUUGCUGGAGAAAAAGGAACCAUCACUGAAGAUGUUCUCCGGAGUGCUUUUGCUGCAACUGAGGAUGGUUUUCUUACUCUUGUGCGGAGGACAUAUGGGAUAAAACCAUCAAUGGCAUCAACUGGGUCUUGUUGCCUAGUUGGAGUUAUUUUGGGCGGGAAAUUGUAUGUUGCUAAUCUAGGGGAUUCUCGAGCAGUGAUUUGUUAUUUAGGUCGGUCGAAUAAGAUAGUGGCAGAGCAGUUGACUAGGGAUCACAAUGCAAGCAUGGAGGAUGUUAGACAGGAACUCAGGUCCUUACAUCCAGAUGAUUCACAUAUUUUGGUUAUGAAGAAUGGGGUAUGGCGUAUCAAAGGCAUUAUUCAGGUAUCUAGAUCUAUAGGAGAUGCAUAUCUAAAGCGCCCAGGGUUUUCUCUUGAUCCAUCAUUUCCCCGUUUCCACCUUCCUGAGCCCAUUUGUCGGCCUGUGCUUACAUCUGUACCCUCCAUGUAUUCAAGAGAUUUACGAUCAAAGGACAAGUACCUUAUAUUUGCUUCUGAUGGGCUUUGGGACCAGUUGACAAUUCAGGAGGCUGCAGAGAUAGUGUGUAACAAUCCUCGAGCUGGAAUUGCCAGAAGACUUGUGAAAAAAGCUCUAAAUGAGGCAUCUAGGAAGAGGGAGACGACAUAUGAUGAGCUUAAGAAGCUUGACAAGGGGGUGAGGCGGCAUUUUCACGAUGAUAUUACAGUUGUUGUGAUCUUUAUAGACCAUGAGUUCCUUCAGAAGAAGAUAUCUGUUCCAGGUCUGUCCGUGCGGGGAUUUAGUGACACUGUAGGACCAUCAAAUUUCAACAUUCCAUGACAGUGAUAUUGAGAUUGCCAAUCUUGUCAUGUAAGUCUGGGAAUUGCAAUCUGUGUUGUUUACUUCAGUUUUUGAGCUUGAAUUCUUCAUUUGUUGAGUUCAAGAACAAUGCUAGCAAGGGAAAAUGACAAUUCUUCUACAAUGAAAUACUAGU